UGAUCUUGAUACAAGAGGGGGUUUGACGACACCGACUGCCAGAUCAAGCUGCAGCUGCAAAACGAACACAGGGAUGAUGGCCUGUGGAGCUCAGAAGCUGCUGUGUCUUGUAGCUCUCAUUGCCCUGUCAACUGACUGGUUUCUGCCUGUGGUCGUUGCUCAGGAAGAUCCUACAGAUGCACCUGAUAUACCGGGUGAUGUAGCAGAUGCAGCUGACCCUGCAGUGGGAGCAGCAGAUGUGCCAGGUGACACUGCUCCAUCAACAGCACCUGAAUGCCGUGAAGAGCAAUUUCCUUGUACACGGUUGUACUCUGUUCAUAAGCCGGUCAAGCAAUGCAUCAGUUACUUGUGUGUUACCAGUGUCCGUCGGACAUACAUGAUAAACAAGGAAAUCUGCUCUCGCAUUGUCUGCAAAGAGGAUGAAGCCAUGCAGGAGGAGCUCUGCCGCCAGAUGGCUGGCCUGCCACCACGCCGCCUCCGCCGCUCGGGUCGCCCUCGAGGACCACUCUGCCGGCGGGCUCAGCUCCAACGACAGAAUGCUGCUGAUGCUCAGUGACCAACAAACUGCAGGCAUGAUAAAAAGGAGGAGGAGAUGAAAUCAUGGUGAACCCAGACAGUCUACAGCCCAGCAUAAGUUUGCCUUCUUCCCCCAACUUCCUGCUUUGGGAGGGAGGUGCUCCCGGCCAGGGACUUUCCAUGCCCACAUGUCACAGGUGGCAGCUGAUGUCACCUUUGAAAUGUGAUCCCAAGACCCUCGUAUGCUCAUGCUUUUGUGUUACUCUUGCCCCAAGCUGCUUAUAAAAGCUCUGUUCAUACCUGCCUUAAUAUGUACAGAUGUGUAUACUCAGCCUGUGGGGCAGUAGGAUAAUGUGCUUCCUGCCCCAGAGCUUGGUGCCCCUUGAGCUGUGUGCAACUAGGACUGAAGUUAGCUCUCCUUGGGAGGUUGGAGGCACAACAUGCCAACAUCCAGGAGUUGCUCGACUUAAUUUCUGCAUUGCUCUUGCAGUGGGAAGGAAGCUUCAGUCAUUGGCACACACCACUUAAAUCCCUGUGAAGAAAAAUUGGUUAUUAGCUCUCUCAGCCACCACUGUUCCAUAAUGGAAAUGAGACUAAGCCAGCGUAGGGCUGAGAGAUUUGAUUGCACAUGCACAUGAAAGAGCUGCAGCGGAAGAGCAGGAGGAGAAAUAAAUUCUAGUCUGUCUGCAUGGCACUGAUGGGUGGGCCCCCAAAUGCCAUGGAUGCACCCAUACUUAGCUUGGUUCUAAGUAUGGUUACAUCACUGCAGAGCAUCAACAGCACCACCUCUGCUUCUCGCUGUCUCCACUUUGCUACCUCUUUUUUCCACUCACAUUACAACUUGGGUCCUGGGUGGUGGUUGUUCCCCAAAACAAUUGACUAAUGAUCGCCACACAACAACUUUGGUGGAAGAGACAAGAGGUGGGGGGAGGAAGGAGACAUGCUGGCUCAAAUCUGGCCAUAGUAGAGACACUGCAAGGACCACACUGCAAGGUCAUGCACAAACCCGCAUUAGUGAAACCUUAAGCCAAGGUCUCAGAGAAGUACGAGCUUUUCAGUAGUACUGGACGGUUGCAGUGCCUGCUUAUAUUAACCAUGGGCUGUCAUUGCUGACACACUGUAGCUGGAAACAGAGAGUUGUUUGCAUGAGAGUUGAAGGUGGCAUCAUUGCCCAUGGUGUAUGUGCUCGUUUCUUUUGCCCAUUGUUGCCUUUAGCCAAAACUACAAGAGAGAUCAUGGAGGGCAGCAACAGUGCAUCUACACAUCAUAAAUAAUGAUGCUUUUAUCAAAGGAAUAUUGAGACUCUCUUAUCCUGAGUCCAUCUACUCUGGUUGACAGCAGUUAUCCAAGGUCUCAAGCAGGGGGCUCUUUUCAGCCCUGCUAAAGGUGACACCAGGAAUUGAACAUGGGACCUUCUGCUGGUGACGGAUGUGCUCUACCACUGAACUAUGUAGCCCUUCUCUCAGCUCUUGAGAUAUUUGAAAAAGCAAUUCUCGUCUCCAGCUACCGUAUGUCCCAAAGGGAAGCUGUUAAUUUACUUCUGUGGUACCUUUGCUAGAGCCCUUCAUUCCUGCAUAUAGCAAACACGUCCACAUGUUCUGGUUCCUAUU